AUGGGCACACACCAGAUUCGCGAGACCACAAACAACAGAAGACAGGAUCUUACAGACAUUCGCCAACAUGGACAGACACACAGAACCGACGCAGACAGAACAAACAUACAAAAAACGCACAGGACCACCCCCCGAAAUAAUAGCCAUAAUUGCCAACCUACAAUCAACAAGCCCCUGGACGACGAACUACGAGCCGAACGAGAAAGAUACAUGACCAGACGGGCACUCCGACGCACAAACACUGACGAAACAGAAGCCAGCACCUCAACACGCCAAGCACACACCACACAUCAAACAGCACCACACAAAACACAACCCCCAAACACACCAGACACCGAAAGCGACACAGAUUCCACCACCUCCACCGCAGAGACGGUUAUACACAUAGAAACCACACACACAAGCACGCUACAGACGCAAACGACGGACAACGACACAGACAGUAACACCGACACCACCUCACUCACGGACACAGUCGAUACCUUAAGAGACGUACCUGUGACUAAGGCCACCGGGAAGGACGAGAAAGAGGAGAUAACGCCAAUGGCACGUGCUGAUAAGCAACUCCCGCAGCCGCAGUGCCAGCAGGGGAGCAAGAGAAAGGGAAGUGAGCUCACCCCACCAGGAGCCGCGAGUCCCUUGGACGAAGAGGAGCCGACCCCGCCGCACAGGCCGGGAAGUACGCGGGGGGGCAGAACGGGAGCCACAAAAAGCGGGACUGGAGAGGCGAGAGCCAUGCUUCCAGCCAAAGAGAGUGGAGAGGGCCAGCAGAAGAAGAACACAGGUACACGCCCUAAGGACAAGAAGAGGCGCGUUGUCCUCAAUAAAGGGGCCUACGCAGUAAGGGACUCAGAUACCGAUGACACGGGAUCCGAGGAAAGUACCCAAAGCCAGCGUCCGGGGAUGGCAAAAGCCCUCCCUACUACCAUGAAGGCCAGGAAAAAGGCCACCGGUGUGGUGACGAGCUCCCCAAAAGAUGUUCCGAAGGAGAUAGGCCGCGUCGAGUACAGGUACAUGACCGCGGCAGAUCUGGGAGCCCAGAUCAGGGAGUGGAUGGAAGAAAUUGACGGCAUCAGGAUGAAAUGCAAGUCAAUGAACGGCAGACUGAGCGGCGAAAUAAAAAAGAGAGUGGGCUGGGCGAAAGAAGCUCUGCUCACCCUUACCGGCAGAGCAGAAAUGGCAGCCCGUCCCGCAGAGCUACGGGAGGAGAAAAGGAAGCUGGAGACCCAGGUCCGGGAUGGACUAAGGGAGAGGGAGAAGCUCCAGAAGAGGCUUGAGGAGUACCGGGCAGCCCUAGGGAGAGCCUGGGCGGCGGCGGUAAACACGGCGGGGGAAACCAGCGAGGGUCAGCCGACAGCGACGUCGACCGGCACCUCGGAACUCGGAUUCCGACUCACUGAAUCCGAACUAUACCUGGUCCCGGAAGAGGACAGGGCCAGGAAUGAAGAGCUGGCCAGGCAAACCGCGGCCCUCAGGCAAGUGCGAGAGGAGGUCAGCCGGAUCUCCCGCAUGCUGCGCAGCACAAGAGACGGGGAAAAUCCAAGCCACACCGCGGCCACCCCGGAUGCCGUAAGGGAAAGAGGUGUGGGCCUCGGACCGCCCAACAGGGCGCACGCGGUACCUAGCGCGGCCCGAGAUACCGCAGAACCCAUAGAAACAGCCCCAGGCGCGGCAAGCUCCCCAAUGGAGGUAGGCGACGACGCCUGGGUCGAAGUGGGAAGAAGCGGCGCGGCAGCGAAGGGAAAGAAGAAGAAGAAGGAGAGAUUGACUAAGGGGAACCCCCAAGGAGGGGCAAAUUACAGCAGGUUGGCAACGAAGGCUAGGCCAAGGGUCCUACCGUCGACCCAGGCGCAACCAGAAAUACCCGGACCCGAGAACGCGAAGAAGGCGGACGCCCUGGCGGAGCGACUCUCCGAUGUAAUCGGGGAAAAAUACGGCAACGCGGUCCAGGUGACGCGACCGUCAACCAAGGGUGAGCUGAGGGUACAAGGGCUGGACGACUCGGUGACGACAGAGGAGCUGGCCCGCACCCUAGCGAAGCAGGGAGGAUGCGGUUCACAGGAGAUCCGAGAAGGCCCUCCUCGGAGAACGGCUAGCGGGCUCUUCAGCGCUUGGGUGCAGUGCCCUCUAAGGGCAGCCACAACCGUGGCGGCAAAGGGUAGGAUUAAAAUAGGCUGGACCAUAGCCAGGGUCGAGCUACUGGAGGCGCGGCCCCGUCAAUGCUACAGGUGCUGGGGUUUUGGACACAUAGGCACCGCGUGCACCGCACCGGCAGCGCGCGGGCGUGCGUUUUUCAGGUUUCGCAGCGAGGGACACCAGACGAGAGGCUGCACAUCCACCCCGAAAUGCACGGUGCGCGACAGCAAAGGGAAGAACAGCGCCCACAGGAUGGGAUCGGGACGCUGCGCAUCGAGCAACCUGAACCAUAGCCGGGGGGCUCAGGACCUGCUGAGCCAGUUUGCGUUAGAAGAGGGGGUGGAUGUGUGUCUCAUAUCCGAGCCACACUCCAUCCCGGGCGCAGACAACUGGCUGGGCAGCGAGGACGGCCUGGCGGCCAUAUGCUGGAAGACGGAGGGCGAUGCACCACGGUGCUCCCUACUGGAGAGGGGAAGGGGGUAUGUAGCGGCCAGAUGCGGAAACAUAGCAGUCGUAUCUGGCUACAUAUCCCCCAACGUCCCCAUGCAAGCGUUCGAGGGAUUUAUGGACGACCUAGUGCGGGUGGUCCGGUCAGCAGGCGACGGCGGCAGGGGGGUACUAGUAGGCGGCGACUUCAAUGCCCGCUCACCGACAUGGGACCCAGCGGGGAGCAACCGCAGGGGGGAGCUCUUGGAGAGAUGGGCGGCGUCGUGUGAAGUAAGCCUGCACAACGAUGGGAGUACGGCAACGUGUGUCAGCGCGCAGGGAUCAUCAGUUGUUGACCUGACGUGGUCGACGCCGAGCCUGACGCCGACGGUGCAGCAAUGGCGAGUCCUCACGGAGAGGGAGACGCUCUCGGACCACCUUUAUAUAACGUAUGAGAUACAGGGCCUUCGGCACGGACCAACGGGCGAGGACCAGACUACGUCGGCCGGCCUCGCUGCAUGGGUGGAGAGGACCAUGAUGCAGGCCCGCGACGCGGCCGCUCCCAGAGCUCGAACCAAGGGCUAUAGGAGGACCACGUACUGGUGGAGCGAGGACCUGGCCGAACAGCGUAGGCGCUGCGUGGCAGCAAGGAGGCGCCUCACCAGGGACAGGAGAGCAGCCAGUGGCCCCCACGAUGACAGAGAGGCUGAGUAG